UUUGUGGUCUUCUCUGAGUUUGAAGUUGUUCGUUUUAUUUGAUAUAAAGAAGGUUCCAAGGGAUAUAGAAUAAAUAAUCAAAUAAAUUGGGUAUCUAUCUUGAUAAUUAUCAAAUUCCCAGGUUUGUGUUUUAUGUUUAGUCAUACUUUCAUUACUCAGUCCAGAAGAUUGUUUAAUUAAAUUACUCUUAAAAACGGUAACUUUUGACACAACUAAUCACAAUGAGCAUCCUAAAUUUUCUUCCAAAUUACCUAUAUUCCAGACUCCUUUCCUUAGAUCAUCUCUGCACCAAAGAAAUCCUGGUUUCAGCCAAUUACUUAAAAUAUUCUAGUCUAAGCGCCAAACUCUCUGGACACAAAGGGAACGGAUGCUGGCUCAAGCAUUAAGGGUUUAAGGAAUAAAACAAGGGGUUUUGGGUGGAGUUUUAAGAGGGUUAGAAAGCAUAGAGAGAGGUUUGGAGAUGUUGUGGGUUUUUACAGAGUUGGAUUUUGAGUAGUCUGAGUGAUGUGAGAGGAUUUUGGGUGAUGUCGUUUUUGAGGGUUGUUUUAGGUAGAGUAUUGGUGCUAUGUAAGGGAUGGGAUAUGGAAUUGGAUAUGAAUAAGAAGCACUUAAAAGGAACUCUUUGAGCUAUUUAUUCACUAUUUUAGUUUGAUAAAUUUUAUAGGAAAGCAACCAUAAACCGGUUUGAUUCUGGCUAUUUGCAAUUCAAGUUGAUCUAGCAUCCUUCACUAGCUUAUGCUCAUUUAAGCAUUCCAGUACUUAUUCUUGCUAUUAGUUCAGAGUUUACUCUCCAAUUGUGUCAGUUCGAACAAAUAAUAACUUAUUAUGAAAUUUAUGAAGAAAUUCUUUAAGAGAUUUUAUGAUAAUAUAGUGAGACAAAUAUUAAACUAAAUUCGAAAAAGUACCAUAUCAGAGAAAAUCUUCACCAUGGAGAAAAGGCUGAGGUCAAAAAGCAAGAGAAAGUCACCCAAAUUUAUUCAAUAGGUUUCCGAGGAUGAAGAAAGAAGCCUUGAAUUACUAAUAAACCAAGAUUAAUAAAAACAAAAUUUGGACUUCAAAGUCCGAAAAAUAUAUCCACUGAAAAAAAACUGUCCCAAAACCUCUCUUUCAAACCUGAAAUCUCCCAAAAAAUAAUUAUUCUCAAAAAGAAAUAACCCCUCUAAAGACCCUAGGUUCAUCCAGGGCAAUAGGACUAGAAACCCUGCUAGGAAGAGGGUUCAUGAGAAAUCUAUUCCUGCUGGGAAAGGUUCCAGAAACCAUUCUUCAGCUGUAGGACUGAAGAGAGAGUGUUCACAGAGUCAUGUGAAGAAACAGAGUGAAAAUAGGCAGAGUGGAAAUAGGCAGAGUGGGCAUAGACAGAGUGGGGAUAGACAGAGAGUAGAGAGAUAUACAAAACUUGCAGCCCUGAUUAGUCCAAAGAGGAGUAAAAGAAAGACUGGGUAUUUUAGUAUGAAGAAAGAUCAGAAUAAGCGAAGUUAUCCAUGAGUACAGUUAAAAAGAAGCAAUUUAGCUCCCUCUACCACCACAAACAACCCUCACAUCUCCUUUCCAUCUCUCAAAUCUUACCCAACUUCCUUCAAACCCGCCUCCACUCAAAACCCAAUCUCUUCAAAAUCCACUACCUCUAUCAAAACUCUUUCAAAAAAUUCUUGCAAGACCUAAAUCUAGUCAAAGCACCUAGCAAUAAAAACACCAGUCAAAUUUCACCCAAGAAGCCCGUGACCAGAAAUAAGGAAGCCUGACCAAGUGGGAUUAUGGCAGAAAAGCCACAUAAACCAUAUCGAUGAGAUGCUACAGUAAAACCAAUAGUUUUGAAGUUACCAGCAUUGGACCCUGUAUCGGAUUUGGUAACAGGAUGGGCCCAUGAAGAACCUCAUUUAGACCCCAUUGAUCAAUCCAUUAACGAGUACUUAAAGCAGAACAACAAUUAACCAUUUUCAAUAAUCUUGG